AAGCGGAAGGGGCGGGGCUCGGCGGUCCGAGUCUCCGUGCUGCCGCUACCGCCGCCAGAGUCGGAGCUGGCUGGGCCGCCAAGGCAAGAUGGUGGACUACAGCGUGUGGGAUCACAUCGAGGUGUCUGACGAUGAAGACGAGACGCACCCCAAUAUCGACACUGCCAGCCUCUUCCGCUGGAGGCACCAGGCCCGGGUGGAGCGCAUGGAGCAGUUCCAGAAAGAGAAGGAGGAGCUGGACCGGGGCUGCCGCGAGUGCAAGCGCAAAGUGGCCGAGUGUCAGCGGAAGCUGAAGGAGCUGGAGGUAGCUGAGGGCGAGGGCGGCGAGGCCGAGCUGGAACGGCUCCAGGCCGAGGCACAGCAGCUGCUCAAGGAGGAGAGGAGCUGGGAGCAGAAGCUGGAGGAGAUGCGCAAGAAGGAGAAGAGCAUGCCCUGGAACGUGGACACACUGAGCAAGGAUGGCUUCAGCAAGGCCCUAGUCCGAGGCCACACCUGCCACGCCCACGCUCCCACCACAUUGAGGUUCACGACGCUGUCACCACCUCCACCCUGGACGGGAUGGGCGAUGCGGCCGAGGCCCACCCGGCCACGUUCGAGGCGCUCCAUGGCCUCGCUCCAGCCCACUCCCCUUCUCGCCCCACCACAGAGCAUGGUCAAUACCAAGCCUGAGCAGGCGGAGGAGGAGUCGGAGGAGGUGAGGGAGCAGAAACACAAAACCUUCGUGGAAAAGUAUGAGAAACAGAUCAAGCACUUUGGCAUGCUCCGCCGCUGGGACGACAGCCAGAAGUACUUGUCAGACAAUGUCCACCUGGUGUGCGAGGAGACCGCCAACUACUUGGUCAUCUGGUGCAUUGACCUAGAGGUAGAGGAGAAAUGUGCACUCAUGGAGCAGGUAGCCCACCAGACCAUUGUCAUGCAGUUCAUCCUAGAGCUGGCCAAGAGCCUAAAGGUGGACCCCCGUGCCUGCUUCCGGCAGUUCUUCACGAAGAUCAAGACAGCCGAUCGGCAGUACAUGGAGGGCUUCAACGACGAGCUGGAGGCCUUCAAAGACCGUGUGCGGGGCCGCGCCAAGCUGCGCAUUGAGAAGGCCAUGAAGGAGUAUGAGGAGGAGGAACGCAAGAAGCGGCUCGGGCCUGGUGGCUUGGACCCUGUCGAGGUCUACGAGUCCCUCCCUGAGGAACUCCAGAAAUGCUUUGAUGCGAAGGACGUUCAGAUGCUCCAAGACGCCAUCAGCAAGAUGGACCCCACCGACGCGAAGUACCACAUGCAGCGCUGCAUCGACUCCGGCCUCUGGGUCCCCAACUCCAAGUCUAGCGAGGCCAAGGAGGGGGAAGAGGCGGGUCCUGGGGACCCUUUGCUGGAAGCUGCCUCCAAGUCGGGUGACGAGAAAGAUGUCAGCGCGUGACCUGCCCCAGGCACCGCCUGCCUGCCUGCAGGCCCCUGUGCAACCCUUUUCAGAAAACAAAUAGAUGCCAUCUUCCCAGCUCCUGGCUUCCUCCACUUUUGCUGCUCCUUGACCUAGCCUGGAGGGACCUGCUCACCCCCUCCACUGCCCCCGCCCCCCAGCGCUCAUCCAAGUCUCUGCUUUGAGUCAAGGGGCUUCACUGCCUGCAGCCCCCCCAUCAGCGUUAUGCCAAAGGCCCGGGGGUCCAGGGAGGGGCAGAGGUCGCCAGGCUGGUCCUCAGGGUGGGGGUGGGGUCCCCAGCCGAGGAGCCUGCUCCAGUCACCGUGGGCUGUUUUCACUGUUUGUCCGCUGUCUCCUCUAUAGUAAAGAGCAAUUAGCUUCCAAUAAAGGAUUUCAGAUGCUCCAAGGGA